GGCCCACGUGCCGAUGACGUCGUCGUGGUCGUACCGCGGUCGCCGACUCGCGAGUCAGUACGCGAACCACGCUCCCCGGUGCCAGUCGUCGAGACCAGCGGACUCGUGCGCGCGCGCCCGAUCAACAACACUUCACGUACGCGCCUUCUCCGGCAACCGCACCGCGGACGACAUCAACCGUCGCAUCAUAGCCAGAGAGUAACCGCCGCGUGACUGUGACGACUACAGCGGUUCGAACAGGCGCCGCCGUGUACACGUGCGCACAACGGCGGCGACAACAACGUCGUAGACCCGCGUUUUAGUUACGGACGGACAUCACCGUUAUGGCGUCGUCCCCUUUGCGGGCACCGGCGGGAUCCGGUCAACCGCAAUCGAGGUUGAUGGACAUGCAAAAAAAGUUCCAGGAAAGACACUUAGCCACUUUAGCGGCCGUCAAAGGCGUCGUCGGCUCUACAACUUCGUCCACCUCAUCGUCGUCCACGUCUACGGGCGAUGCGCCAGUACCACCGAAUCGGCGAUUCGGCGUUCUUCCGCAACAACAACAACAGCAGCCACGGAAAAUAGGUGGCGGAUCUGGGCCCGAACCGGAUGGAGCCGAUUCCCUCGUACAGGUCGACGUGAAAGGAAAGGUGCGGCAGCUGUUCGCCGAGCGGAACCAGUUGAGCCAGUCGCAAGGGCCCGGUUACCAGCACCACCAGCAGUUCCGGCGGCAGCGGAGGAGAAGCCUGACGGGCCGCGACCGGUCCAGGCCACUGAGACCGUUGUCCGAUCCGGAGGACGAUCCGCUCAGCAAGACGGUCUGCUUCACCGGCCCAUCGCUGGCGGACGGCGCCGACCUGGUGGGCAUAAGCAGCACCGGCGGGGACGCGCGCCGGGAACUACUAGCGCUCUUCGGCCGUCUGCCCAACCUAGGUGGCAAACUUCUCUCAGAAUCGUUCCAGGGUACCAAGAUGAAAACGGCUCAAUCGGCCCCCGAGCUCAAGUGGCUGAUGGACGGUGGCGGUCGCGGUCCCGGCCCACCUCCGAAUGUCGCGGCACCCGGCAGAUCCGUCGUCAAAAGGCCAGCCGCGCGAAACGACGGCGGUCGAGACACCGGCAGCGGUGGCGAUGACGACGAAGAUAUCGACGAACAGCUGGCGCAGCGACCGGCCGGACGAGUGAACAGUAAGACAGCGACACUCGCGAAAAAACCGUUGGCCACGGUCAACGGGAACGGUGCCAAUGCCAACGGGCUGGGCCGCGUCACGAAAAAGCCGGUGGCCGCGUCCAACGGCGGCGGGUACGGCGGCAGACCGACCGGCGGUUUCGGCAAACCGGCCGGUGGCGGUGGCGGCAACGCGCCCACCAACAGACUGCUGCUUCCGCCCGUCGUUCAGCCGACGGUGAUCAACGCACUGGCGGCGGGCGCGGGCGCAGCCGAAGCUGUGGCCAGCGUGACCGCGGCCGGCGCUGCCGGCGCGCAGAAACCGUUGGUGCGGGCGGUCAGACUUCCGCCGGGGACGCCCGGCCAGCAGCAGCAACAGCCGAAGCCCAUGGCCCCGCGUCGACUGACCACGCCACCUUUCAAGCCCGUCGCCGCGCCCAGGCAACCGGUCGCCAAGCACGUCGCGGCCCGUCCGCCCCAACCCAUCAAACCGCAACUGUCCGCGGACCGGGGCCCGCCGGCGGCCGGCAUGGCCCGCUGUCCGCUGUGCUCGCGAGAUUUCGCGGCCGACCGGCUGCCCAAGCACCAGGAAGUGUGCCAGCGUACGCGUGAACGAGACCGCAAGCGCAAGGUGUUCGACACGAGCCGCAAGCGUUUGGAGGCCGUGGCCGCCGAGGCCGGUGUGGACGUAUCGUCGUUCAAAAAGAAGAGCGAAAAGGAGGACCAGCGGGCCGCGGAGAAGCUGAAGAAGAAGAAGGACGCGUGGCGCCGGAAACACGACCAGCUGGUGCGCAACGUGCGAGCCGCCCGCGCCGUGCAACGUCACCUGGCCGCAGGCGGGUCGGUGCGCGACCUGCCGCCGGAGCUGGAGAACGCGUCGGCCCCGGACCCGGACGAUGAGGCCGACUCGGACCUGGUCAAGUGUCCGCACUGCGGCCGUUCGUUCAACGAGGCGUCCGCCGAACGGCACAUACCGUUGUGCGCGGACCGGCAGCGGAACGCGGCCGCCCGGAUGCAGAACAAAAAACGGUGAACGGGCCCGUCCCUCCAACACCGUACCCCUGCACAAGGGCCACGGUCAUCGCCGCGCGCCCCGUCGUGUUCUCGGUGAGCGAAUGGACUCGGGACCGGGUUUUCCACCGUAUCCGCCACCGACCGCAGCGGACCAUCGUUGUGCAGCCAAAACGCAUUUCAUUUCUUCUCCAACCCCCUGUUCCCGACGGCAUUCGGGAAUCAUAAAAAUUAACAAAUAUAAUCAUGACGCGUGUGCGCUUUAA